AUGUCGGUCCUGCUGCAGAGAAGCCCGUCUGCACGGGUGAGAUGCCCUCUUGACCUCGGAUCCUCCUCCAUAACACGAAGAGCUGCUCGUCGUGCCUACGCCGUACACGCCCCGUCCCAACCUCACCCACGACGAAAGGCCGCAGUCCCUCCCUACCAAAAGAUCCUCAAGAGAUUCGAAGAUGUUCGAAGGAUUUUGGGCUCUCGGAAGCUGACUCUGGCCGAGAAGAUCCUCUAUGCUCAUCUCGACAACCCGGAAGAAUCUCUGUUGACCAAUACCGACAACGGCAAGAACAUUCGGGGAAAUGCAAAUCUCAAGCUCAAGCCCGACCGUGUGGCCAUGCAGGACGCCUCUGCCCAAAUGGCUAUCCUUCAAUUCAUGACAUGCAACCUGCCAUCUACCGCUGUUCCCGCGAGUAUACAUUGCGAUCAUAUGAUUGUAGGUGAAAAGGGCGCAGACACGGACCUGCCCAAUUCAAUCGCUGGCAACAAGGAGGUAUUCGACUUUCUGGAAUCUGCAGCAAAGAAAUACGGAAUUGAAUUCUGGCCUCCAGGCGCCGGCAUCAUACAUCAGACAGUCCUUGAGAAUUACGCUGCACCGGGCCUCAUGAUGCUCGGUACUGAUUCACACACGCCCAACGCUGGUGGCUUGGGUGCAAUUGCAAUUGGGGUCGGCGGUGCUGAUGCUGUCGAUGCCCUCGUCGACGCUCCUUGGGAACUCAAAGCUCCAAAAAUUUUGGGUGUGCGCCUUGAGGGCAAGCUCAGUGGGUGGGCCUCACCCAAGGACGUGAUCCUUCAUUUAGCAGGGCAACUCACUGUACGUGGAGGCACUGGCUCAAUCAUCGAGUAUCACGGGCCAGGAGUCGACACUCUCAGUUGCACCGGUAUGGCUACAGCGUGCAAUAUGGGAGCCGAAGUUGGAGCUACGACCUCGAUUUUCCCCUUCUCGGAGAGCCACAUCCCCUACCUGCAGGCUACUGGCAGAGGGGCCCUUGUCGAUGCCAUCAAAGGAAUCGCGUACGGCUCAGAGCAGUACAACUUUCUGCGUGCUGAUGCUGGUGCGGAAUAUGACCAGGUGGUUACCAUAAAUUUAUCUGGCCUCGAACCCCACAUCAACGGUCCAUUCACUCCAGAUCUUUCUACGCCACUGUCCAAAUUCAGGGAAGCAGUCAAAACCAAUAAAUGGCCCGAUACAUUUUCGGCUGGAUUGAUCGGCAGUUGCACGAACAGCUCCUUUGAGGACAUGACUCGCGCAGAAGAUCUGGUGAAGCAAGCACAAGCCGCAGGAUUGAAGCCCAGGUCUGAUUUCUUCAUCACACCUGGGAGCGAACAAGUUCGCGCGACGCUCGAAGAGAGUAAGACGCUUCAGAGCUUCGAAGGCGUAGGCGGGACCGUCCUUGCAAAUGCUUGUGGACCGUGUAUUGGGCAAUGGAAGCGUACCGAUGGUGUUCAGAAAGGUGAAGACAAUGCUAUCAUCUGCUCCUACAACCGCAACUUCCCCGGUCGGAACGACGGAAACCCGCGCACCAUGAGUUUCUUGGCCUCUCCCGAGAUCGUAACAGCUAUGUCCUUUUCUGGGUCGACGUCAUUCAAUCCAAUUACUGACGAGAUUACGUUGCCAUCCGGCGACAGCUUUAAGUUCGAGCCACCUAAGGGUACUCCAUUACCUGGCUCCGGCUUCGCCAUCGGCAACCCUGCUUUCUUGCCUUCCUCGGCUGAGCCUGAUGCGAGUGUCCAGGUCGCUGUUGACCCCGAGUCCGAUCGGCUUGCACUCUUGGAGCCUUUCGAUCCCUUCCCCGAAGGCGAGCUCAACGACUUGAAAGUACUGUUCAAAGUCAAGGGUCAAUGCACCACCGAUACAAUCUCUGCCGCUGGACCGUGGCUCAAAUAUAAAGGACAUCUUCCAAACAUCGCGGAGAACACCUUAAUUGGCGCAACCAAUGCGGCAACCGGUGAGACGAAUGUGGCGUACGAUUUUGACGGCUCCAAGUCAUCCAUUCCAGAGCUCGCGAAGAAGUGGAAGGAGCAUGGGCUACACUGGCUAGUUGUGGCAGAGGAUAAUUACGGUGAAGGCUCGGCGCGCGAGCAUGCUGCUCUUCAACCUAGAUAUCUAGGGGGUAAGAUUAUUUUGGCGAAGAGCUUUGCUCGUAUCCACGAAACGAACUUGAAGAAACAAGGGGUUGUACCGUUGACCUUUGCCAAUAAGGAAGACUAUGACCGCAUCGACGCUUGUGAUUCGGUGGACACUAACGGUCUUUGGGAUGUCCUGAAGAAUAAUGGUCAAGGCGAAAUUCGACUUGAAGUCCGAAAGAGGAGCGGAGAGAGCUUUACAAUUCCUGUCAAACACACCUUGAGCAAGGACCAAUGUGGGUUCAUUCUCGCUGGCAGUGCACUGAACCUGCUUGCGAAGCGCCACAGAGCAGAAUGA